UUACGCACGGACGUUCCAUCAGUUGGCGAAUGAUAACAAUAAACAACCCCGAAACAAGGGAUACGCGAAGAGGAGUUAUCGCUGCGAUUCGACACAAAGCUGGCGAAAAUAUGAGUUGAGACGGAUACCGUCAGCUGGAGUAAAGUCUCGAAAAGUAUCGUGGGAGCUUCUUGGGUCCUGACACAAAGGAUUUUGUAGUUUUUGUGUAGGGAGAACUAGAGUUACGGUAUACCCCUUCCUUAGCCCCUUGUAGCUAGCUGUGGCUCAUUCCUUGUUUUUGCACACUUUGUUUUAGUCUGUUAUGCAGUUUCCAGAGGACUGUACUCGCACUCGUUCUCCUCCACCACCUCUUCGCUCCCUCUCCCCGCUCUCUCUGGCCCUAUGUCUCGCUGGUUUUUCCCCUGGUCGGGCUCAAUCAAGAAGCGGGCCUGUCGGUACCUUUUACAGCACUACCUCGGUCACUUUUUGCAGGAGCGAUUGAGCCUCGAUCAGCUGGGCUUGGACUUGUACAACGGCAGCGGUGUCAUCAAGGAUAUCAACCUCGAUGUUUGGGCGGUCAAUGAGCUUUUGGAGUCCCUGGGGGCCCCUCUGGAGAUAGUAGAUGGCUUUGUGAGCAGCAUAACGGUGACCAUCCCUUGGCAGGCUCUCUUGACUGAUCACUGCACCUUAGAGGUUUCUGGUCUUCAGAUAACAUGCCGACCCAAGUACCGGACCAGUGGGGGCUGGGACUCGCAAGGUUGGUCGUCCAGCAUGACCUCCAGCAUGCAGCUGGCUCAGGAGUGCCUAAAGGACCCCCCUGAGGCUUCAGAGGAGCCCCCUGCCCCACUGGAGGGGCUUGAGAUGUUUGCACAGACUAUUGAGACGGUCCUUCGUCGCAUUAAAGUCACCUUUCUAGACACUAUCGUCCGCAUCGAGCACCAGCCCUUGGACCUGGAAACAGGCGUCGCCUUAGAAGUGCACAUUAAAAGGCUGGAGUAUUUCGACGAGGCAGUGCGCGAUCCAGCCAGCCAGACUGCCGUGCCUGUCGACAUCCACCAGCCACCCGCCUUCCUGCACAAGAUCCUCCAGCUGAGCGCUGUUCAGCUGUUCUAUGAUAGCAAUGGCAUAGUACAGGGUACUCCUGAGGAGGAACACACAGAUUCAGCCAUGGCUAGUGAGGGAGAGGAAGGUGAAGGCGACGAUGAUAAGAAGGAGGAGGAAGGGGAGAAGGCCAAGCCACAAGUUGCCCCUCUAUCUCAGCCGCUCCUUAUAGGAAGCUCCUCCGGUUUCAUUGAGACCACCGUCAAGAUCAAACAAAACGACAUGCUGCCCGGACCAAAGCUGGAGUUGGAUGGGAAAGUGGGCUGUGUCCACAUGCUGCUGUCUCCUGAUCAAAUAACCCAUCUGACAGACCUGCUGGCAGCCCUCUGUAUAGACACUGAGCCAGAGACCAAGUGCGGCAGAGUGCACAGUCGUCCGUUAGACUCGGAUGACAUGCGAAUGAUUGAGGAAGACCUCGGUAAGCAGCUCGGCUCCAGUCCCAGAGACGAUGAGUGGGAAACUGAGCCUGACCUCGAGUCGUUUGUCACCGGCAUGGAGAAUGGAGAAAUGUUUUACUCUAUGGGUCCUGCUGGGAUGACGGGCGUCAUGAAUUGUCCCAGGAGAUAUCCUGUUGCUGGCUGUCUAUCUAGUCUACCCCAGGCCAGCGGCCGCAGUAGAGGACGAUCACACAGCGGCCAGGCAGAGCAGCUGAAGCCUGACGCGUUGCUGCGACUGACCCUUGGCGGACUCACUCUAACCCUUCUGCAGGAGGAUCCACAACCCUCCAGUGCUGACGGAGCCUCGUCAUUGGCUCAGGUGUCUAAGGUGUUUUUCAAGGAGCUGACCGCCUUCAAGGACAGCAUGUUCAGUGAAAGAGACUUCCAUCAACUGAGAGGCGGAUUCGCCAAAGCCUGCCCACACUCAAAUCUCAGAUUAACAGGAGCAGCGGUGCAGGUCGCCUGUGAGAUGCGGAGUGGGAGACGCCAAAACAGGGCUGUGACCUCUGACCUUUCCUUCAGCAGACUGGAGAUGUUAGAGUGCCUCUGGGAGGACGGAAAGCCGGAGUACUGUGAGCUGCUUCAGUUCCAGAAAGCUGGUCUGUUCACAGUUGGAGCUGCAGCCAGACCGUGUGCCCAGUUACACUACAGCCUCACUGAAAAACGCCUGCGUAAGGGCAAGCAGCAGGUGUUGCGGCGGAGCAGCGUUGUGCGAGUGGAGCUGGCUGAGCUUAGUGCCGAACUGGAUUUGGACAUCCUCAGCCGCCUGGAGAGCCUCAGCAAAGCCUUCAGCUACUGUCCCAAUCAGAUGCAUGGACCAGGACUCGUACAGACUCACAGCACCGAGCUCAGCUCCUCCUUCACCCUCCUGUCGCCUCACGCCGUCCUCAGACUUCGUUUCCCCAUACCUGAUCUGCAGCCCCUCCCAAAGCGUCGGCCUCCAACCCAGAGGGCGGUGCGGCAGGAAACCUUGGUGUUGGAGAUGACAGAGUUUGAGCUGAAGCACCAGGAGGCCCCAGACCUGCAAAGUGAGCAGACUACACCGGGACAGCCGUGGGCCCCCUGCCUCACCCAGCUGCUGGAGGCCUCCUUCACCGACCUGCACGGGUCAUAUGAGGGCUGGGAGGGAGGCUCUUUCCCUUGUAUCAGAGUGAGGAAGAACCGGGACACUCUGCCCAGGAUAUCAGUGCGUGUGCGUGGAGGUGAGGCUCAGGGCCCAGCAGCUGGUCUGAGUGGCAUGAACCCGGGCCUCAUCAGGGACCUUGGUGCCGCCUUCUUUGAAAGUCACUGUGAAUUCAACGACAAAACGAGCUCUCCUUUUUCCUCCAACCGCACCAUGUUCGAGACUGAGGAGAUGGUGAUUCCAGCCGACCCAGAGGAGAUGCGUCAGUUUCAGGAGCAGUGUGUCGCUCAGUGUCAGUGUGCUGUGGACAUCAGCAUGCCACUAGCUUAUAUCCUGCUCCCCAGCAAACAGGCCUUCCAGAGCAUCUAUAACAGGAUCAAUAAUGAUCUGUUGAUGUGGGAGCCUCCCCCGCCUCCUCCCCCCUCAGCCCACAGCCCCGACCACAGUCGCCAUCACCAGGACGAGUUCCAGCUCUGCAAGUCGGCCUUUAGACUGGACUCUGACUCAGAAGAGGACGAGUGUCAGUACUACUUGGCCAGUGAAUCAUCUGGAAAGUCGCAUCCGAUGGCUCCUCGUCCCAACCACAAUCUGAGCCUUCUCUCCCUCACUGUGAUUAUCGGGAAGGGUCGCCUCCAAGCCAGGACAGACAAGAAGGAGGACCAGAGUCACGGAGAGCUCGUGCUUGAUCUGGAAGGGGGGAAGAUAUUCAGUGUAGCGCAGCACCAAAAUGACCCCAAUCUCAGUUUCCUGUGUCUGGAGAGCAGACGAGUGGAGCUCUACCAUCGAGCUGUCUUGAAGGACACCCCCAUCCCGCAGCGGUUGGAAAUGCCCAGCUUCAUGCCCCCAAAGCACCUGGACCUCACCAUCUACCCCACAGAGGUGGGAGUGAGCAGUGUGAGCGGCAGGGAGGGAGAGGUGCAGAUGUUAUCCACAGCCAUCAAAAUCACACUGGACCCUCAGAGAAAUGUCAAGGAGUUCCUCGUUGCCCUUCGCCUUCAAGGUGCCACCAUGCGACAUUACAUGACGCAGACUAACCACAGUUGGCACGAGCAGCUGGUUGACUUCCUGGAUGUCAUCGACGAUCCUAUUCUGGGAUACACCGCGCCGGCCGUCAUCACUGUCCUCCACACGCACCUCGCUACCUGUGCUGUUGACUAUAGACCCCUGUAUCUGCCCCUGCGAGUGUUAUUCACAGCGGAGUCCUUCUCUCUGUCCAGUAAUAUCAUUGUUGACACUGCCACCUUCCACCUCAGAUUCAUCCUGGAUGAUUCUGCUCUCUACCUCUCUGACAAAUGUGAGACUGAAACAGUGGACUUGAGGAGAGACUACGUGUGUGUCCUGGACAUUGACCUGCUGGAGCUCGCCAUCACCACAUGGAAAGGCAGUGAUACGGGAAAGCUGUCCCAGCCGCUCUUUGAGCUCCGUUGUUCCAACAAUGUGGUCCAUCUGCACACCUGUGCAGAUUCCUGUGCUGCCCUCGUCAAUCUGCUGCAGUACCUGGUCUCUCAGGGCGACCUGCACCCGCCGCCACGGCACACCUCGCCCACUGAAAUCGCUGGACAGAAAUUACCACUGUCAGAAAGUCCAGCGUCUAUGCUGCCCUGUCCUCCCGCUGAAACCGCCGAGAUCAACCAGUACGACCUGGCUGACGCCUUAAUCGACACGGAGAAGAGCCACAGAGAAGAAAGUUUAGAACCAGGUUCACCUUCAAUGCCGAGAAGCUCCCCCGUCUCCGUCUACCUGUUCCCCGAUGAAGCCUCAAAGCACGGCCCCUCUGUCCUUCAGGGGGAGCUUGACGGGCUGGUUGCCACAGCGACAGAGGCGCAGGCAGAUAUGAUGUCAGAGGAAGGCUCCGAGGGCUCCACCGACAAUGACGACUUCUGUAUCCUGGAGGCUCCCGGCAUGGGCAUCCCUCCCCGGGAUGGGGAGCCCACGGUAACAGUGCUGUGCGAGGGGCCCAUUAGAGUGAAGGACAGCCAUUUUUCCCGGCCACGUGGCAGCUCAGACCUGCUCCGAGCCCCGAGUCGCUUCCCAGUGCCUCAGAGUAGGGUAGUUUUACGGGAGAUCUCUGUGGUCUGGCACCUUUACGGGGGAAAGGACUUUGGAGGCAGGCCUAUGUCUCUGCAUGCUCAGAACGUCAGCAGAGGUCGUUCAGUGCCCGCUGGCGUCCGUGGGUCACCUUCUCGCUCCGCCCCCUCCUCUCGACCGCAGAACUCUUGGCGCUCGGCUGGAGGCGUCGGCCGUCAGCACAGCCUGCUGAUGGAGAUACAGCUCACCAAGGUGUCGUUCCAGCAUGAGUCCUACCCGGUGGCAGUAGCGGGGCAGGAUGGGGAGGGGUCAGCAGCACCUGUGGUCGGGGUCGGUCCCGGUGGUGAGCAGCCGCUCUCCAGGCAGGUGUUCAUCGUCCAGGAGCUGGAAGUUCGAGACCGACUGGCCUCCUCACAAAUCAACAAAUUCCUCUACCUCUACACUAGUGAGAGCAUGCCCCGCCGAGCCCACUCCAACAUGUUGACUGUGAAGGCCCUGCAGGUGUGUCCUGAGUCUGGCCUCGGGGGGCCAGAGUGCUGUCUCCGGGUCAGCCUGCUGCCGCUGAGACUCAACAUCGACCAGGACGCACUGUUUUUCCUGAAAGACUUUUUUAGUAAUCUAGCUUCCUCUGUUAAUCCUUACCUGCCUGUGGAUCCUGCAGCUGAAGUGAAGGCAGAUUUUUCCCAGAAGGGGUCUGAGGAUCUAGAGAUGGCUGCUGCUGCAGGUAGUCUUGGACCCGACCUCACAGCUUCUGUGGAAACUACCUACAGUGAGCAGAGUUCCUCUUCUGCCGGCUCCAGCGCCUCCUCUGACCAGCCAAUCUACUUCCGGGAGUUUCGUUUCACAUCUGAAGUGCCUAUUUGGCUCGACUAUCAUGGCAAGCAUGUCGUCAUUGAACAAGGGACGUUUGCAGGGAUUCUGAUCGGUCUGGCCCAAUUAAACUGCUCCGAGCUGAAACUGAAGAGGCUCUGCUGCAGACACGGUCUCCUCGGGGUCGACAAAGUGAUUCAGUACGCCGUCACAGAGUGGCUGACGGACAUCAGGAAGAAUCAGCUGCCCGGCAUCCUGGGAGGUGUCGGACCCAUGCACUCAGUCGUCCAGCUGUUCCACGGAGUGAGGGAUUUGUUCUGGCUGCCUAUAGAGCAGUACAGGAAGGAUGGACGCAUCAUUCGAGGUCUCCAGAGGGGGGCAGCGUCUUUUGGUACCUCCACAGCAUCUGCUGCUCUGGAGCUUAGCAACAGGCUGGUGCAGGCUAUCCAGGCUACAGCAGAGACCGUGUACGACAUCUUGUCUCCAACACCUCCUCUGAAUCGCUACGCCAUCACCGAGGGCCGGGCCAUCUCUAGUCGACCUCGAAGAGUCGCCCAGCCUGCAGACCUUAGGGAAGGAGUGGCCAAGGCCUACGACACCGUCAGAGAGGGAGUGAUUGACACGGCCCAACAGUUGUGCGAUGUAGCAUCCCGCGGCCACGAACAGAAAGGUCUCCCCGGAGCCGUGGGCGGCGUCCUGCGGCAGAUCCCGCCCACUGUAGUCCGACCUUUAAUAGUGGCCUCUGAAGCCACCUCCAAUCUGCUGGGUGGCAUGAGAAACCAGAUCAAACCGGACGCCCGGAAAGAAGAUUUCCUCAAGUGGCGCACAGAGGACGGCCAAGAAUGAGGACAGCUUUUUGUGUCUGUGUGUGAGGGGAAAGUGUGUGUGCGCGUACGUGUAUACGAGAGUAUGAGAUUAUGAUCUGGGAAAGUCUAUUCUGUGGGAAUCCAUGGGUUGUGUGAGUAGCUGCAUGUGUGUUGUGUCUAAAAAGAGUCAGCGUGUGCUCCAAUGCAAAAAAGAGAAAAGGAAAGAAGAAGAAAUUAAAAAAAAUGACUAACUACUGCUGCAGUUCCUGACGCACAGUGUUUAAUGUUGCUCCCACAUACAUAGACGUGCAAGACUUCAUUUUUCUGUUCGGCAUUCGCUCGUUUUCCCGCUCUCUGUAACACACUAGUGUUUUUCUUCUUAACGUCAGUGCAAACAUAUCGCCGUCACUUUCUGCCGGCUUCAUUUUCAGUGUGACCCGGGCAGAGGGGGCAGGUAAGAUUAUCACGCUCUGUGUUUCUUCACUCAUUUGUGUGCUUUGAACUGUGAUGCUUGAAGCUGUUUGUAAUUUGAAGCAGCGAUUUCAAGCACGAGUUGCACGGAGCACUGAGAAGGGAUGUUUAUAACUGAGAGCAGCUUCACUUUAAUGAGCUUUCUGCAGAUGAGUGGGGGGUACCUGUCUUUGGAGGGGGGUUGCCAUGUGUUAGUUUUGCUCUCUUUGUGCUCAUAAUGGAAACUGAAAAUAUUUUGAUCAAGUGUCCUUUGCUUAACACCCUUGCAGAUGGUACAAAGCUGUGUGAUUGGUUUAGCUGUGACUCCCACUAUGCACCCGCUACCCUCAGUGCUGUUAUUCGUGCCAUAAACCUUACAGUGUCCUUUUUAACUAGUUUGUGUUGCCUUCCUCGGAUCUGUACCUCAUCCCCUACUCAAAGCUCAGCACAUACAGUGGCAUACCUGACUGAACAGAAACAACGGGUCACAUGAAGUCUCUAAAUUUUGUAGCAUAUUGGAUUCUGCUCGAGCUUCACGAAGAUGAACGUUUUUCCAAGCUGACGUCACUGCAGCUCUCCUGUUAAAUGUCAGAUCCUUGGAUCUCAAUUAGCCCACUAUGUCCUCAGAAGUCCUCUGCCCACAUCUUUAGUUGCCUUUCUGCAUUGAUUUUGUAAUUGUCUCUUCUUCUUAGUUUUUUUUAAAUAUUAUUAUUAUUAUUUUGUUAAAGCAUAAGUAUUGUCAUAUUUGUUUUCAGAGUAAGAGUAAGGAGGUAUGUGAAUCUGGUGAAAAUGGAGGAUGGAAAAAUUAGGGUUAAAAAUGUUUUACAUUUUCUUUUUUUGUUUGUUUUUAAUCAGUGUGAG